AUCACUCUUAUAAAUACAACCCCUCAAGCACACAUUUCCACUCCCCAAAUUCUCACAAACAAAUUAACAAACACCUCCCCUUCACUCACUAAACAACAACUUUUCCGAUCAUGUUGAUGUUGGGGAAGAGGCCCAGCCCAAUGAUCGGAAAGUUGUCCGAAUUAUUGGUCUCCGGGGGAGGCCGUGCAGCUGCGGUGCUUCUAGACACCGCAGCAACGGGUAGCCCAAGAAGCCCCUUGGAUAUGAAAGCUCAGCAAUCAUCGCCAAGGGGCUUAAAGGGCUAUGAUCUUGGUGGUGUUGGUCUCAAAAUUGUGGUGGCUCUUGAUAACGAAGAGUUGCCCAAACGCACCGUUUGUGUCCCGAAUCUGAACCGAUCGAAGCCGAUCCCGGUUUGUUCCAUGAGAAACCCAGAAGAUGGGGAGAAUUUUGACGUGGGUGGAAGCUUGGAAGAUUACACGUACGUGACAUGCCACGUGCCUAACAAGACCUUCACUAAGGUGUACUAUGAUGGUGGUUAUAGUGAUGUUCCAAGACAUGGACGGUGCUACAACAACAACAACAAAACCCCAUCAUCAGAUUUUGUUGAACCUUCAUGCGAACCAGUAUUCCCCACAUCAAAUUUUCUCAGUUCAUGCCAUUUAUGCAGAAAGAAACUUGAUGGCAAAGACAUAUACAUGUACAGAGGAGAGAAAGGGUUUUGUAGCCCAGAGUGUCGUUCAAGACAGAUGAUGAUGGACGAACGCAAAGAGCUUUGUAGAUCAGAAGCUGUAGAACUCUCAUGGGAAGAACAAAUAUUCUCAACCGGGAUUCUUGCCCUUUAAUUUAAUCAACAUACAACUCUAUUUAUCUACGUACAUAUAUACUAUAAAAAGAAAAUUUUGAUCGGAAAUAACGCUAGAGGAUUCCGUUCCGUUGUACUUUUCCUGUAUGUUAGUAUGUUGCCAAUAAUUAUCAUGAACAUGAGAUGUCAAGUUUUUCUUCUUAAGUCGUAUGGAUACAUUUAAUCAAAGAAUUUUUCUGGUGUGUGAUAAUAAAUGUGAUAUUUGAGUUGA